AUGCAGCAAUCAGACGCAAGUUCUCUUCAAGCUUACGGACAAGCUCAAUAUCGUCGCGCCAACUUUCACAGAGCGCUUGCUGCCUUCACCAAGGCAAUAAAUCAGGCGUUGCAACUUGGGGGAGGAGACAUUGUUGGCAUUCUAGACAAUAGAGCCGCAACCCAUUGCAAAUUACAAGUCCUAAAGUCUGGCCUCCAAGAUGGGAAACGGAUGAUCGAGGAGAAUAAAAUGGACUCUCGGGGAUAUUUGCGUACUGCCAAAAUUCUCCAGUUGAUGGAUAGAUCUGACAAAGCCAUUCAGACAUACCAAUAUGCGCUUCGCGUAUUGCCACUAGAUGACCCUGGUCGUCAGCAAAUUAACGAAUUAGCAGCAAAGUUAAACAAACGAUUUAAGCAGGCCAUGGACCAUUUUGCUCUCUUACCCCUGGAGCUGGUAUACAUGAUACUAGAGUAUUUGGAUCUAAAGUCGCUCCUUUCGGCACUCCGGGUUUCUAAACAUUGGAAUAUGAUGUUAAACUCACUCCCAAAGCUAUGGAUCCAUCUUGACCUUUCAAAAGCCAACAAACCCAACGUCUCUCUCAAAUCAAUUCAAGCAUUCCUGCGCAGAUCCCACUGGAGAUUGACUCGCGCUUCACUAGUCAAUCUUCAGCCAGUCGAUUUUCCUAGGCUUAUGGCCGGGUUACGGCAAAUCCCUUCAUUAGAACAUCUUGAACUUCUAGGAAGCUUUAGCUCGAAAUUCGAUGUAGCUCCAGUUUACACUCUAACCGGCCUAAGAACCUUGGUCUGUUCAGCGUCAUCCGAGAUAACACUCGCACACUUUCGGAAAGUUCUAUUGGAUUGUCCGUUGCUUGAGCGGGUCGAGGUAUAUAUCAAGCCUGCGCCGUUUAGUGACGUCGAAACAUUUCCUGCUAAACUGCCAAAUCUGCGGUCCUUAAUCAUCCUUGGAUUCGAUUAUCCUAGAUACUCGAACGUUCAUUCCCCCCUAAACCUACCGUUUCCGACAAAUGCUACUCUAUUUGAUAUAAUCCCGAACCUGGAAGAGUUUUACCUCAUCUACAACUCCGUUAUGAUAAGAAAUGUACCGGAAGUUUCGAACCUGCCGAAACUCAAGCGCUUCGGGCUCCUAGGCAUAAAACUCAGUAAAUACCCUGAACUGCCCGAAUCCCUUGAACACCUCUCGUUAUCCAUGAGCGAGUAUAACCUACCCCCCGGCGUACCAAGUAAUGACAUAUCAGCGAUGGCACCUAAUUUAAAGACUUUAAUUCUCCAUCGCUUCCAAGAUGAUGAAUUGGGUCCAUUUCUCAUUUCUUUCACACAAUCGAAAUCGUCUCUCACCCACCUCGAUCUCGAAGGAUGCCACUUACACGUAGAAGACUUAUUAAUAACGAUGAUGCGAGGCAACCUGGAAGGUCUCACGUACCUAAACAUCAGCGGCCUGGCAGAAAUCGACGACAAGGUUAUCUCAAACAUAAUCGAUAUGGUCCCCAAUAUCAAGGAACUCAACAUUUCCCGAACACAGGUGAAAGAGCACAGCGUGAAGAAGCUACUUGAUUCAGAUAAGUCGAAUCUUAAGAAGCUUGUCGUUCACAAGAUGGAGACGCCGUUUAGCAGGGAUUUUCUUGACUAUGCCAGGAGCAAGGGGGUUGAGAUCCCCCCACCUAUAAAUCUCGAAGGCACGAAACGGGCUCCUGUCACACCGACACCCCGUAGAUAA